GUCCUUAGUCUGAUAGUCUAGCGUUGCUUUGCUUAGGACGGGAUUGACAUAGUAGGAAACAAGGCGUUUCCUUGCUUUUGAGAAGCCAUCAGUCGGUUGCUUCACAGCUUUGACUCCGUUCAUCAAUAUGGAUUUGGCCAAGAUUGUGGAGGAGAGGGUGUGUUUAAUGGUUUGUUUCGAGAGCAACACAAAUCGAGGGCGUAGGAAGGACUGUAGCUCAGGGGUAACGCAUCUUUGCGUGCAGAAGAUCCCAGCCAGGUUCAACCCCCGACAUUUCCGGUGUGUGUGUGUGUGUGUGUGUGUGUGUGUGUGUGUGGAGAAGACCCUUCCGAGGCCCCGGAGGGGCCGCUGCCUCUCAUUGUAGAUGGAGCCACGGCCGAACUGGGCAGAAGGCAGCUUCUUACGUUCCACAUUAAAAGAGCUGGCAGGACAAAUUCAUCUGUUCUGUCUGGCUGUUCUUUAAACGUUUUCGCCAGUCGGGGCAGAAACCUUGGUCCUUGUUGCCGGUCUGAUCCAGGAUUCGGUAACCCCGCUAGUGUUUACGCGACGGUGGAGGAGUGCCUUUUUUGUUGUUGUUGUGGAAAGGGAGGAGUUAAAUCCUCUUCCUGAGGAGUCACUGCUUUGUCGAGGAAGUUGUUUCCAUGCCUAGGAAACUGUCAGUCUCAUUUCUGCACGCCUGUCUUGCCUUGUUUAGGCUGUAGAAAAGUGAAAACAGCUCUCCAGCCUAAACAUGGACAAGUAAGAUAAAACAUGCAAACUUUGUCUCCAUUUGGCUGUUUUCUUUGCCAGCAUGGGAAAGGGCGUCGCGCGUUUUCUCCACUCGCUUUUCCUGCGUCGAACUGACACUUUCUAUGACGUUGGGGGGAAACAAUGAUUAAGUGUCAUAUCACACCAGGUUGUCAGAACCCUUACCUACAGAGUUUCGUGACUGAAUGUGAACUAGAUCCUCAACUCUUAAGACCUUGCAGCAACCGACCAAUUACUAACCUACGCUUGAUUUCAAGAACAUACGAAGAGCCUGCUGGAUCGGGUCACUGGUUCAUCUAGUCCAGCAUCCUGUCUCACACUGGCCAGUUCGAUGCUGAUGAGAAGCGCGCAGACAGGACCUGAGCGCAAGCGCCCUCUCCCCACCUGCGAUUCCGGUAUUCAGAUGCAUCACCCUGCCCCUGGCAACGGAGGCAGAACAAAGCCAUCACGGCUCGUAGCCGUUGGUCGCCCUCGCCUCCUCCCUGAAUUUCCCUAAUUCUCUUUUAAAGUCAUCCAAGUUGGUGGCCAUCACCAACUUGGGUCUUAUUUCCUAUGGAUCUCAUCUCCAAGUAAGCGCACCUAGGUUCGCUUCCUGUCUAUUUCCAUCUUACUCUCAAGGCACUCACUUAGAAGUACGUCCAGUUGGUGACAAGAAGAAUCACACCUGAGGUGUGCAAAACUAAACUGCUUUUAAAGCAGCAGAACCUCACUUGAAAUCCGUAGGGGUUACCUUCCAGGUGAGAGGGAAGUAUAGAGAAUCGGGCUGUAACGAUGCUAUCCUCCGCACAUUCUCCUGGAAAUCCAGUUUGACGUGGGUAAGGUUUCCACACAAACAAAUCAAGUAUUUAGUUGUCCGAUGUUACGCUUGAAUAGACGCAUUUGAGUGGAACCUAGCCAUGAACAAGAUUUCUCCUUUCUUUGGGUUUAGUCUUUCUUUCUUUCUUUCUUCCACGCUUCCGACGUGCGCAUCUACUCUUGCGAGCCAGAAGGACGAUCCAGGCUCUCAUAAACCAAAAUAAUACCCUUCGGCGUUAUAGAUGAUCAUAAACCAGGGUGGGGUGAAUAAUCGUGGUUAUCCCAAGAGACUGGUGGCUCUUCUCGUCUGGUGGGCAAGCAGGAUCCUUUAAAAGGAGGUGACUUGAGAAGAGUCCCUGCUCUUUCCUGAAGGCGCCUCCGCUUAGGAAGCGGGUGGACGGGAGCGUCUUAACUGGGGUAGGCUGAUCACUGGACAAACUCAGUCUUUGCAGGGGAAAGAUUUCACUGAUUUAUGUACUGUCUCCCAUUUCCUAAUCUUUACCACCAAAGUUGCCCAAAGCCUGGGAAAAGAAACAUUAGAGAUGUCAGUAAUUAAUGGAAUUUCCUGUUUAAAAUGUCAGGGUGUAAUUUCUUUCUUUCUUUUUUCUUUCUGCGAAGGAGUUUUAGAACCCCCCGCCCCACCCCAUCCCGUUAAAGAGAAGGUUGGGGAGGCAACAAAAAGUGUUUGCUGCUGACCCCUGUGCCGGUCUGGAUAAUCGCACUUUUCCAUUUCAGACAAUGCAUUUCAAUUCUAGUCGUGUGCCUUUGUCCAUUUGGAUAAAGAAUAGAGGCUUGAAUGACAGCUCCUGUUAGCCUGCAUGAACAGAUACCAAUAAACACUCCCCAAACCUGGACCUUAAAAAAGAGCCACAUGUCUGUUUGCCUGCGGCUUAUUAUUAAGACACCUUCGCGGUUUAAACACUUAAAAGCGAACCAAAUUAAAUGGCAAUUAAAAGCGAGUUACACCCGCUUCUGUCUCCAAGGCUUGUAAUUUAAGCUCGCCAUCAGCAGAGAGGCACAGCAGCGGCAGGAAAUGCCAUUUGCCUCAGAUCCUUCCUUGGAGCAUUCGCCAGGCGCGCCCUGACGAGCGAGAAUCUACAGUUGCGGUUCCUCCGAGCAGAAAACGGGGCUUAGAUGAUUCUCCCGCAGAAAGCGGACGCGCCCCCAGAAAUUAACUCCCGGGAUGGUUGCAAAUAAAUAGAUGCACGUAGUUUUAAACUCGGCCAUAAUGCUAACUCGGCCAUAAUUAGCUGUCUGAAAAAUAAAACAAAUCGCACUUCAAAUAGACGCUUCCAAGUUGGGGCGGGAGGUUCCAAAUCUUUCUCACCUUUUCGCUCACAAAUCUCCAGGUUUUUAGCUCUCUUACCCCGUGCCAUUGUGUGGGUGCGGGGGCGCGCGGGGGUGUCUUCCUGCUCCCGGUAUCGCCCUAUAUGUAUAUAUAUGUAUGUAUUUAUAUUAUAUCUCUCUCUCUCUAAUGCACGGCAGCGACACUUAACCGCAGUGACACAUUUCAGAUAAGUUGUUUCUUUGAAAUUCUGUUUCAAAACCCAGUGUGAUUUCAUCUAAGUUGCCCCAUAUCGAACAAUCUGACUAAGGUGGCGGGGGGGGGCGUGGAGGUGGACUUCAAUUCGAUUUAUUAUUUUCUCUAAGAAAUAUAAAUGCGCUGGUGUAAUUCGGAGGACGGGGGAAAUCCAGUUACAUACAUGCUAAUCUUGUGUUUUGGUCAAUAUUGGGGGGGGGGGUGGAUAGCCACAGCCAGCAAGAAGAAACACUCACCAACUGAAAAAGGAUGGUUUUAAUUAAUCUAGUUUGUUUUAUGUAUUAGCUCUAGUUCACCUCAAUCAUAUGUUCCUAAAAAGGCCCCUUUCGAAAAGAUUAGGUCCCACAUUAGCCUGAGUAAAGUGGGGGGAAGCCUUCUAAAAGAGUGAAGGAAAAAUGUAUAAAAACGUUGAAAGAACCUACAGUUCCUUAUUAGGCGAAGAUACAAUAUUUAUUCCUUGUCUCCUGGGAUGAAGCUGCUCUAUCUAUUGUCCUCCCAGUUCUCAGUGCUGAUGCUUAAUUUUCAAAACUUCUAUAUUACCAAGGGACCUACGACAUCAGCCAAAGAAAUACCCUGCAAGUACAAAAUCUGAUCCGGGGAGCUGCUUUUGUGCAGAGGGAAAAAUUGUUCCUACAGGUUUUUAAAAGGGUGCACGGUGGAAAAAAGCGAGAGACCUAUGCAGACACGUUGCAAAGCCUCUUUGUGUUUAGAUAGAAAUACUCUCUAUAUGUAUAUAUAUUUUUCACGUCUGUGGGAAACAGGAGAGGACUGUAAUUUUUUGAUUUUUAAAAACUGUUCGUGGUUUGGUGGUUGCUUUGGUGUCUUUUCUUUCCUUUUAAAUUUGGAGAAGGGAUUUAAUCAGAGCCUCUUUCGGAGAACCCAAAAUGUCAACUACCUUUCCAGGACUCGUCCACGAUGCGGAGGUAUUUUGUGUGUGUCUGUGUGCGUGUGUGCGGAUGUGUGUGUGUGCGCGUGUGUGCGGAUGUGUGUGCCUAUGCAUGCGUGUGUGUGUGUGUACGGUCGAGUGUGCCUGUGUGUGGUUGUUUCCAUUUUUUUGUUAAUCCACAUUGGACCGUUACAUUUAAUUAUAAUCCGGCUUCAGAGAGAACUUCGAGAAGUAAAGGGCGAAAAUUCGUUAUGACAUCUGUCGCCAGGAAAGGGGCAAACCCAUUGCCGCAUUCAAACGGUUGCCGGAAAGAAAGCAGGCUAAUGGCCCCAAUAAUGCCUGAAACGGAAGGUGGCAAAUACUAUUAAUAAUAGCCGGAGAGAGAGAAAAAGAGCGAGAGCGAGAGAGCGCAAUGGGAAUCCGGGGGCCAGCAAACGAUCGACUCCUACUCAGGUUGUCGGAAGGGGAAGGUUUUGGACCUAGAUCUUUUACCAAGAAGGGUUAAAGGCAUGUAGGGAGUCGAGCCACACCGAGAGAGACGCGGUGCCUGGUGUCUAUCGAGAGAGACCUAUGUCUGCUGAGAGAGUUAGGAGACCGUAAGAGGAGGAGAUCAGUCGCUUGAGACGGAUAUGGAGUUUUGCAGCGUUUGUGUUGGGUAACUUUGGGUUUCCUCCGCAAGCAGCCAUCACAGUGAAGUAGCAGCUUUCUUUUCCAAGCUGUGUGGACGCCUCGCUUUCCUACGUAGGGGUCUCUCUCUCGCUCCCUCUUUAAACCUCUAGUGCAGACUUGCAGGGCACCAGCCCAAGGUGUAUGGGGUUGCCGGCGCUAACUCUAGAGGAGCUUUGGCUAGGGUUGGGGGGGGGGGAGCUAGGCGGGACAGGGUGCUGUUGGAGCCCCGCUCUUUUCCGAUGACCAGCCUGCAGUAUUUGGGUUACCUUUUCCCUUCUUCCUUUCAGAUACGUCAUGAUGGAUCAAACAGCUACCGUUUGAUGCAGCUGGGAUGCCUGGAGUCUGUGGCCAACUCCACCGUCGCCUACUCCUCCACGUCGCCCCUCACUUACUCCACCACCGGCACUGAGUUCGCCUCCCCCUACUUCUCCACCAACCACCAGUACACCCCCCUGCACCACCAGUCCUUCCACUACGAGUUCCAACACAGCCACCCGGCCGUCAACCCCGACGCCUACUCCUUGAACUCGCUCCACCACUCGCAGCAGUACUACCAGCAGAUCCACCAUGGAGAACCCACCGACUUUAUCAACCUGCACAACGCCCGGGCGCUCAAGUCCUCCUGCUUGGACGAGCAGAGGAGGGAGCUGGGCUGCCUAGACGCUUACCGUCGCCACGACCUGUCUCUUAUGAGCCAUGGCUCCCAGUAUGGGAUGCACCCCGAUCAAAGACUCCUGCCAGGACCAAGCCUUGGGCUGGCCGCCUCGGGAGCAGACGACCUGCAGGUAAAUCACACGUCGCCUUCCCGCCGCACCCUCCCCCCCGCCGCCGCCGCUGCCGCAGACCGGCUCCUGCUCCCACCCCUGGCCCGCACUCGCCUGUCGCCCACCCGGCCCCUGGCUGUCGAGAGAGAGCUCGGCGACCUUCUGGUCAGGAAAGAAAGUGCUACGCGGGCGGAGGAGCCUCUCACCUGCGAGCUGCCUGCGGCCGAGGGCGGGCGGGGACAUUAGCUAAUCCAGAUUAGACAGGCAGAAAUCAAAGGUCGCUCCCCUAAAGACAAUCGCAUCCCUCCAAACACCCCCCACUCCGCUCUGAAAAAUUAAAACUGAACCACACAGGCAGAAAUAUCUCUGAAAGAGAACUGCACAAGAGCAGUAGCUCAUGGAAGGCGACCGUGGGCCCUACCUACAGCAGUGAGGGAGCCAGCAGAAGCAUUCAAAACUAGCUGUAAAAUAUUGAAAUAGAUCUGCAAAUCCAUCCAUUCGUUAACCCAAUCAUCCGCUCCACCCCCCCGUGUUCACAUACGCAUGCACACCUCUUCCCUAAAUUUCUCUCCCCCUCCAACGCAAACACCUGUUUUUCUCUUCCUCUCCAACAUACUCAUCUGUUUAUUUCUGUUGUACCUCUCUUUCGCUGACUGUGACACACACAAAUCUCUAGUUUUACAAAAUUCGAACGUUUCCUAGUCAAGAAGCUAUCAGCAUCAAGGGAAGGUGCGUUUUGAUGGAAUUAACUACUUUUAAUACAUAGUUACAAUGUAUUAUAAUAACUAAUUAUAGUUGUAAUAAUUAAUACAUAGUUAUAACGUUACUGUAAAAGUAAGAGAAAACGUGAAAUUCUAUCAAGCCUAUUAGGAAGGAGUGUAGUUUCACGCAAUGAAGUGGGUCCUAUUUACUUACAGAGAGUAAAUUCUAAGUUGCUUUUAUUGUCCUUUCUUCUCCCCUCAAACCCGUCCCCAGAUUUCUUAUCAAAAUAUAUAUAUCUAUUUUCCUCUCUGAGGAUAAAGAAAAUGUUUGUAUGUGUACCAUAUAAAAGGAAGGCCUCCCACACACAUAUUUUGGAAUUUGCACAAGAAUAAAAUCAUUUGGGCCCAUGAAGAACAGUUCCCUAAAACCUGACUUUCUGCAUUGAAAUUCACUCAAUCAUUUUCCACGCUUCUGUCUCUACCCACCCCCUCCCCAUUUUCAACAGGGCUUCCCUUAUGUUCCUCCUCAUCACUCCUCUCCCAAAUCUGCCAUUCACUAUUUCGCUUCACUAAGACCUAUUUACUCUCCUUUUUUUAUAUAACCACGUCUGCUGCUGAUUUUUUUAGCUGUACAUUUUUUUUUCUAUGCGGAGCACAAAGCCUUGUAUUUUUUUUUCAAAAGGAGGGAUUAGAGACGUUUGCAAGGCAGCGCACAAUGCCUAAAUCCUGUGCAAAAAAGCACCAUAGUUUAUCCAAUUUUCGACUUAGUGCCAUUCAACUGGUCACUUAUGCAAUGUCAUCCGACCAAACAACGCGCUUCCCUUCCAACCUCCUUUUGCCGAGAUGACUGAGAUGGCAGGUUCAUGCUUAGGAAUCAUUUUAACGAUUUUAAAAAAUCAUUUUUUGUCUUAAAUUUAAAUAGUGAAGAGAAUAAGAAGAGGUCGUCUUUCCUUCUUUCUGUUUUUAACGCUUUGUGGGGGGCGGGGGCGUCGAAGCGCUACCAAAAAAAUGCCACAAAAAUCAAAUUUAAUAAAACCCUGUUUUGGUUUUGAGUUAUGCAUGAUGCAUAAUGUCUGUUAUACUCAUUAUACAUGAUUAUAUUUCCUUAUUUCCUUACAUCGUCUUCAGUUUCUUCACAGUUACAAAUGUGGGGUUUCGAAAGUGGCGCGAGGGGGAGGUGGGGGAACCACUAUUUGUGAAUUUGCAUUGAUUUUUGUAGCUUUUUCUUUUCGAGGCUUGAAAAGAAGCUUGUUGAUUUCAGCUUCUUAUGUUUUAUAGGGGAGGUUUUUUUGGUGACAAAAUGGGUUGCUGCCCGACCAAGGUUGGAGGAAGAACUCCAACUCGUAGCCAGUCUUUCCCUUUUCUUUUUCAUCUCCGCCCCCGCCCGCUUUCCACUUUCUUCAUCAACAUAUGCCUCAUUUCUAAUGCAACAAAUGUAAAUACACUUUCCCCUGCUCAGAAUGUUAAGUGAAAGUCCAAUAGUUUGGAAGGCUGUUUAAGCCAGCCUAACAGAUGCAAGGAGUCUUGGAGCCGGAAUGGGCAUCUUUGAGACCCCUAAAAAGAUUUUCCAUGGGCAACAAAGGAAACUGUCACACCUUUUCCCAUCACCGCUUUAAUUUAUGCUCAGUCGCCUAGUUUUUCCCCAUAUUGAUUUCAUAAUCACUUUAAGGCAGAACACUAAAACUCAAAAGAGGCCUUGAAAGGGGUUUUCUAGGCCAGCGUCAAUAUGCCGAAAAACAGGGGGGGGGGGCUUGGGGAAGAGAGAGACGGGACUGUAAAGGUUGUUUUUGUAAAGUGGGCUUUUUAUUAUUAUGCACCGACUCUUUCUCCGCAUGUACUUAACUCUUCACGGGCUGUUGAGUAGGUUAACACCCUUAAGAGGCCUCUUUCAUGUCCAAUACCUCGUUUGUUUGUAAAGGAAAAUGCAUCUUUUAACACAUUGCCACUGGACAAAAGGACUGAGAGGUUGCGUGAAAGAAAUGUACACACACAGAGACAGAAAAAGGGGGGAUUUCUUCUCGAUAGAAUUCGUAUCCCAACAUAAAGCGAAACCAGAGUAUAUGGAACUCAGUUUGUAAAGUGUUUUGACCAGAGAAUGUUGAAAUCCCACUGAAGUUGAUAGCAAAAUUCUCAGUCGUUGGAAUGGUUCCCUGAACAACGUAGUCUAGAAUUUAGUCCAGUCGAGGAAUCGAGAAACACCCGAUUGUUCCCCUUCUGUCGCCGUUCUUUAUAACUCCCAUUUCUAAGUCUGGCUUUUACCAGUCUCUGCAAACUGGUCCUAGUUGUGUGACAUGUGAAUGCUACGUUCACUUAACGCGUUAGACAUGGACCUUGAAAGGGGUAUAUAUGUUCCACAGGUAUGCUGCCACUUUCUUUUAAAAUUGUUCUUUUUCCUCCUCCAAAACAUCCCUUCAAAAACUUUCCAUACUGACUCUCUUCCUCUUUGCCUGCCAAUCAAUCAUUCAGACAAAAGAUCAUAUCUGAGAACAGAGUUUGUUUGUUCUGGGAAGAAGCUGUGCUAUUCUAUGGUUUUUGAAAUAUUUCGUAGGAGAUAUAUUCUUUGAGUUGCAAUCUGAACAUAGUCACUUCUAAAACGCAUCACGUUCGAUGCAUCCAGCCAUGCAAUUUAUCUGUACGGAUCUUUAUCUGAUUUUAUUUUAUUCUCUUCAUUCAAGGGCUCAGUGGAGACCCAGUGUGGGCUAGUGUUGAACGGCCAAGGUGGGGUGAUAAGGAGAGGUAAGCAAGUUGCGAGUCCUAUAUUUUUACUUAUUAUUUUAACAACAGAAAGCCUUAAAAUUGUGCAGUAACCACUAGGCCCAACCUCCAAACAAAUACCGGAGUUUGUGACCGGGUUCUGGGUGCCUUUUAUAUCCAUGUAAUUGACCCCACCACAAUAGAAACAGAAGAGGCGUUAAGGAAACGUUGCCAUCAUGUUUAGUGUGCAGCUCUAGGAAAUGAAAGACGACCCCCGCCCCAUUCCGCUAUGCUUUCUACUUGGGAUGAUCUUGCGAUGCUGUUUUUGCCACCUGCGUUUCCCAUUUCAUUUUGUGCGCGCGCGUGUGUUUUGUAAACUUUUCAACUCAGUAUGCUGCUGGUACUAUUUGCGAAGGGGGGGGGGACACAAGUAGAGCUUCAAUGACAAUUUGCGAUGGAAGUUUUAAAACCGAAGCGUAGCUUUUGUAAAAAUCAGGAUGUGGUCUUCUAGCCUACUCUGUAUCAGAAACCCGAAUUACUGGCUUUUGCAGGGCGGGGAGUAGCACCAGCCAUAAGCUCACAUUUGGAUCCUACGGCAACCGGUGAAUUCAAUGAGGUUUACUCCUGAGUAGACAUGUAUAGGAGUGCACUGUAAAUGCACUGGGUGAAUGAAAGGGGGUGGGGUGGUCAGUUCAUUAAGUUGCUUGAAUCGCAAGUAUUUUAGGCAGAAGGCUCUAUAGUGAGGCCAAUAUGUUACCGAUCUGAUCAGAAUGAAGGAUAAUAAAAAUGUCAGAGAACAGAAUUUAUUCAAAGAUUACAUCUGAAAACGGGAAAAAACAUCUUUUCCCGAAAUGUGAACAAAUUAAUAAAGGGAGGAAGUGAAAUGGGGUUUUCCCCAUAUAUUACCGAUGACGGGGAGACAAGAUGAAACUAUUGAAACCAUCCUGUGCUUACGCUGAGCGCUACCUAGCCCAUUUGGGCCACGAGUGUAAUAUAGGCUGAUUCCAACAGGAUUGCUCCAACUAUAAUUUACGAUUCUGUUUUUCAGAUAGUUUUAUUUAUUUUAUUUGUUGUCAUUUGGAGGAAGAGUAAACCAAAAUGAGCAAGGGGAAAUUUUCUUCCGUCUUGGUUAAAGUUAUUGAAAUAGUAAUAAGGUCAUUACAACUUAUUUGACGCAUAAAAAUAUGGAAAGAGCGCACAGCAACACGCUAGUGGUGAAAUGUCUUUUGAAUCCUGUCGGACUGCAGAUAUUCUAAAGGUGCGGGUAAGGAGGCGGUGGCAGGGAUACUUCUGGUGCUGAAAUGGACAGCUCCUUGGCGGUAAGUUUUCCUAACAGCGAGGAAGCUUGACCGUUGAGCGCCUGCGGCUACUUUAUAACAGUCCCACUCCAAAACCCUUCUGAAUGUUGAGGGUUACAAUUCUAGGAACUGGGGAUCUGUGAAAGCCACGUCAUUUUCGUCUAAACAAACGGAUGGAUUCUUUUUAUAUUAUUGUUAACACUUUGAUCAAGGUCUGCAGAAACGUAAACUGUAAUAUCAACCAUAAAUGGCCCCAAAUCUAUUUUUUUCCGUUUCAAUGGAUUGUAAAUCGGUUGUUUUCCCUCACCCUUUACACAAGGCUGUACCUUCUGAUUUUUAGAAUCGUCUUAAUGUGCGGUAUUAUUGUGUGGUUUAAGAAAUAUAAAUAGAGCUAGGGGUGACACAUAUUUUUUUAAAAAAAGUUACAUUUGUUGCUUGCAUAUUGGAAAAAGAGCAAGGGUCUAUUUCUCUGGAGUAAUCCAUAUGGAAUGUUUUGACAAUAUGUUAUGCAUUCUCAUUCAAUCAUCUCCACCUUCCUUAGCGCCAGAGGUGGGGAGAGGAGUUGCAUGUUGGUUUCUUGUAUUUAGGUUCAUAUUCAUUAUAAGCAAGUGCGCUUGCUUCUUUGGGCUGGAUCCUGACGGGAGAAACGGGCAAAUGCUGAAUCCCCAUCAGCUGAGGUGCUGUGUCUGUAACUGCUUGACUGGACUCUAAUCUCCCAUCUGAAGGAGGUUUUUCCUCUGAGCCCUUCUUAUCGAGUUGAUGCCGUCUCCAGCUCUCUCCUGGCAAGGAGCUUCCAAUUACCUGAGCGACUGAUUGUAGUUAAGCAAGGCUGCUCUCUCCCUCCUUACCGUUCCGUUUUUCAAAAGGCGACCGAGUCAUUCAAGGAUUUAAAGGCUGAUGGUGAAAUCCAGCAUGAAAAUGCAAGGAGGCUGUUUCUCUACUCAUCUUAAGAGCUGAAUGGCUCCGGCACCUUGAGCUCCCCCCGCCCGCCCCCAUCCCCCGCUCUCCGUGCAACGCCUCUUGUGAAAUCAGGGACAAAUAUCAAAGACGAACCUAUACGUUUCAAAUGAGUCCUCGAAAUACAUAAUAAAUAUUUUGUCAAGUGAGUCUUAGGGAAAAAGUGUUAGCAGUCAUCAAGGCACGCGGAUCCCGAGCGCUGUGGAACCUUCCGCAUAAAUCAGCGGGGCCCUUUCUUUUCUCUCUCUCUCUCGCGCUGCAUCGAUGCAAAUAUAUGAAGCCGGGCUCCCCUUAUAUUUUAAGCGUUUGGUGUCAUUAUCUGACGGGGGGAAGCGGCUUUAAGAAGAGAGGGAGGGAAUUCGAGGGGGGAGGGAGAAAAGAUUUCACUUUGGGAAGAAGCAGGAGGAAAGAGGAAGGGAAAUCUAACUCCAUAAAGACAUAAAAAACACCCUUUAAUUUCAAUAUAGAGGAAAAUGAACGAGUUGAAAGGACGACUCCAAAAUACUAAUACUGUUUACUAAACAGGUGAGGAAAACUGGUAAGGACUAUAGAAGGUAUAGAACAGAAAGAAAGUGGGGAAAUCCAUGUAUAUUUCAAACCGGGCCUUCUGGCCCUACAGCCAAGAUUGCCCAAUGGUUCUUCGAAAACUAACCAAGUGCCCCUACUCCCCGCCCCGCUUCCAACAAAGUCCUCGGCCCGAGCCCGCCCACCCCCGUCUGCUCAAAAUGCAGCCUCUUGCCUGCCUCCUCCUCCUCCUCCGACUAGGCCUGUCCCAGCUGAGACAUUGGAGGUGCCCUGAUGUGGAGUGUUUGCUUUUUAAUGAGACCCGGGCAGGAAGGGGCCUUUUCUUUUGUGUGGGUUUGGGCGGUGGCGGUGAGGGGGGCGGGAGGAGGUCGGGGCUGCAGGACUGAGGUGUUGGCGAGCUAAUUACCAGCCAGAGCCAAUAUUUGCCCCCGAUUCGGUGGCCGAGCUCCCACCGCUAUCACUUCCAGUUAAUGGUGUGCAGGAUUUCGCCCGGAGCUCCGCUCCUCGCACCAUCACAACCAAUAAUCUUUACUUUACCUACUGCGAGCGUAUCGAUAGCUUCUCUAGCCGCAGGCGCCUGCUUUGAUAUGGUAAUCUUUCUGAGGGCCCAAAUUCUGCAGAGAUCAUAUUAAUGUUGUACAUACAGACGAGUGAAGCUUUGCCUUAAAAGUUGAAUAUUCAGAUCGGCCCUUUCAAAAGAAAUCUCUCCCGAAGAUGCAAACCUAUUUACAAGAGUCGUCUGCAAUUUUUAAUCAUUGCUGAGGAUGGCGGCAAAAAAAAAACAUCUUUUUCACUCCCCGCCGCCACGCCCAGUUUUCCUCCCCUCUUUUUUUACAGUUUCUUAGAAAUCAGUUUACUGUUUUAGGAAUUCCUCUCUAAACGACAAUUAUCAGCCUGGAACCUGCUUUUUUUCUUUUUUAAGAGUCUUGUGUGUUUUGCUUGCCUGCCUUGGAACGAGUAAAUAAGAGGGAUAGACUGGUGGCUUCAGCACUAAAUAUUUUGGAGUCCUUUAAAAAAAAGACAACACGGUGACACUUGGUCCUCCUGUGUCGUUUUAUGAAAUGGCAAACUCAAAAAAAAGGAGAAGGGGGGGGCGGCUCUUGUUUCGCUUUGUGAUCAUCCAUCUUUCCCUGCCCCAGGCUAAUUUCAGAAGCUUAAAUACUGCUAUCGCCUCUGGGCCAUGAAGAGAAAAAGGCCCGGGCUAUCGGCACACUCUCUUUCUCGAUUGCCCUUGGCAACGUAAAAUACAAACUACUUUGAAUCAAAACAUUUUUGGGGAAUUAAUAUGAUCUGAACUCUUCCCGUUUUAAGAGAUCUUGAGUUUGUCAAAUCGCUUAGAGGUGACUGACAUGAGAAGGCUGAGGCAUUAAUGCGAAGCUAGAAACAUUGUCAGAUCUUAUUUGAUUAAAAAAAAUAAAAAAUAGAAAGGCUCUUAAAAGUCUGAGCAUCAGUCACCAAAAAACCAGCCUAACCAAUAGAGAGCCUGGAUAGACGUCCCACUUCUCUGCCUUCUGCCUUUUAUGUGUUUACUUAAGGCGCUGCCUAUCCCUUGCAAUCCGGGGUUUGAUCGUGGUCCUUUGAUCUGCAAUUUUAAUUUGAGGCACUUAAUGAUGAAACUGCAGCCUAAUGACUCAUUCAUUGGAUGCGGGGGGAGAGGGGUGGAGAGAGUUUUUAUUAAGGGGUGGAGUGAAGCUCUAGAGGGCAAAUAUCUAAGACCAAACAAUCUCUUUCUUUCUUCCUUUUUAAGGAUAGCUCCAAGUUUUGCAUUUAUGGUACAUUCUGGCAGAAUAUAUCACGACGCAUAUGUCGUGUUAGAAAAGACCCUGUUCAUACUGGGUGUAGAGAAUAGGGAAUUAGGCAGAGAAACCAGAUGGGACAGAUGAGCCACCGUUUGUUUUACUGUAAACGCCUAAACAGAAGGUAAAACCUAAAGGGACUUUGUUAGUAUAUCUCGCAGAAUAUUCUCCAUAUCGGCGCGGGGAAAGAUAAGACCUGUCUAUCAUAUCCAUACGGCUAUUCUGUGAAAGAAUUACAUAUAGGAUUCAAUCCUACGCGACCCUUUUGCAUUUAUUUGGCAGUAAGGCCAAGCUGAUAUCCAGAAGAUCGGACUUCGUUAAAUUAAUUUCAACAACAAAACAUGUGCUUAACUAUUUUAUUCGAAUCAGUGGCUUAAAAUGCUUGACUCCGGCUGGUUUGUGACUUUAGCACCACAGCGUUUUUCUCUAGUACUCUCAAAAGCAUUAGCCACAUUUAGCUCAGCAAUCGUUUCACAACAAACCUGUGAGGCAGGCCAGCGUUACUACGUCCCAUACCUAAACUGGAAGGAAUGCCUGAACCACCAGUUUGCCUAAACCAGGCAUGUCCAAAGUCCGUUUGGGGGGCCUAAUCCGGCCGCCGGUCGGUUUAAUUCGGCCCCCACAGGCAGUUCCCCCUUUGUGGUUCUAAAAAAGGUCAACAACUUUGGUCGGCCCUCAUGCAUGUUCAUUUCAUCAAAUCUGACCCUCUUUGAAAAACGUUUGGACACCCCUGGCCUAAACCACCCGGCAAGGUUAGGGAUGAGGUGAGGUUGAGCGGAUCGUAGGCAUAUUUACUGGGAAAUAAAUCCAGCUAAUCCGAUCCCUCUUCCUAGGACGAAAGCAGGGUUGUCAACUUAAAUAAACUAUUGGGGGGCUGGUAAGCCCCCCCAAUAAUCAAUCACAAGACACUAUUUGAAUGGCAUUGCCCAUUAAUUUUUUGGGGGGUAUGGCCCCAUCCAAUAUUUUAUUGGAGGGGGCCGAAGGUUCCUGGGCCCCAGAUGUUGGCUCCUAUGGGCGCAAGGCGUCCAACGCGAGAGUCCUACACCCACAUUCUCUGGUCUAUUUUUGCUUCACUAUAGCUGUUCUGUUGAAUUCUAUUUGACUAUUGUUUUUAAUGUGGGAGUGGGUUUAAAAAAUGUGUACACAUUUUACAACAGUACAUAUUCCAGCAGAAACAUGUCCAAGAGGUUAAUCUUUUUGAAAGGAUGUGCUCUGUUAGACCUAAUCCACCACGGGCCUCUUCUGUCUCAUAGUCCUCUCCCUGAGUCCUUCUCUCUUCUCGACUCCAAGUUACGCCUAGCUCUAGUCCUCAACCGCUUUUCUUUCCAUCUUUAAAUAUUGAAGUAAAAACAAAUAAUAUUAAUUUCUGCUCCCUCCAUUUCAAACCCCUAAAACCCUUAGUAAGGAAGCCCCACGGACGCUUUCCCGAAGCCGGCGUGGAGUCUCUGCGGAAUGCAGGGCACAACUGAGAACCCUGUUUUACGGGGGUGGGUAGGAUGGUCUUGGCUUUUACAGCUCAACAUGAAGGGGUUUCAGUGUCUCCUAAGUCCAUGAUCGGUCAGAGAAGAGGAGGACCCCGGACAAAGGUGUGUUUAAACACUUAGAAAUUGCCUAAAGACCACCAGAAGCAUCACACACGCAUCUCAGAAAGAGGCGGUCUACAACAGAAAUUUGGGAGUGUGGCUUGUCUCCUGUUUGUCAAGAUACCUGAUAUUGUUUCCUGAUCGCCCCACCUCGGCCAGUCUGGGCCAUCUUUUAAAUGGUAAAUACGUUAGUUCCUGAAACCAUUGUCCCAAGACCUCCCCUAUUCAUUCACAAAAUAUUCUCUUUUCACUAGAUUUGUAAGCGAAAAGAACUACUGGGAGAGGUUUUUUCCAAUACACUUCCUUCUGCAGAGGAAAUAUAUGGGUCAUUAAAAGUCCAGAUGGCUUUUGGAUUUCUUUCCUGUACUAUUUCAGACAUGUGGUUUUUUAUCAUGUGUUUGUGUUUACCUUGUGCACUUAUGAAGAUUCAUUUUAUUUAUGACACCUUAGAAUGAUUAUAACACCUCCGACACCCACCACCACCCGUUGCGCAUCCGCGGGGUUUAGGCGCGCGUAACUGUGCUGAGCUAGGGUCCCGGUCUCUGAGAAAGCAACCUGAGGAGACCGGGCGAUGCUGGCUUGCUUCGCCAGCCGUUCUCUGUCGGCCCCCUUAGAUUCCAAUUCCCUCCCCACUCUUUAGCUCUUAUCUGGCCAAAUCUUGAUAAUCCCAUAAUACGUAUAAUUUGCCCUUAAUGUAUUGUCAUUAACGCUGCUGUCUCUUUUCUCUCUCUUUUUUUUUUCCAGGAAGCAAAUUGAGUCCCAUUUAAAAGCCCUAAUGCGCUUGUUUAAUUAAUAGUUCCAGCCGAGCUGGUUUCAAAUGGAGUCACAACAAUAAAAAGAGAGGAAGGGGGGCAGGAAAGGAGAGACGUGAGGCUGGGUGUGGGGAAAAGCCUGAAUGGUUCGUGAAGGAGGCCGCAAGAAACGCGCCCAGGCAAGGGAGGGAGCGGCUGGAAUAAGCGCGGCUGGGUUUUAAGAGGGUACAGCUUGCGGGGGCGGGGGGAGGGUUGCUUGGCUUGGCUGAAAGAUUAGCAGCCGAGUAUCUCAACAGUUGCCUGGGCUUGGGACUCGCGGGUCACGGGAGCGUCUUGGGAAAUCCCGCCCCAAACGAGGGAGUACUGUAUUAGGAUUUCAAGCCAUUUCCCCCAUUCACUUCCAUGGCUGUGCUCAAGCGUUCGGAAGCCCCUUCGAUUCAGAAGUACGUCGCAGCAAUCCCCUUGCGUUGCUCACCAUGGGAGCACAGCCCGAUCCUUUGCAUGCCUUCUUGAAGAAAGCCCCGCUGUGUUUUGGGGGAUUGCUCCCAAAUGCUGGCAGCCUGAGUUGAAUCGGUCUUCUCUUGGGUUGGGCUCACGGUUGGCUCCAAUAAGCGCCUUCCCAAGCAGGGAUGUAAACCCGCCUCAUCCCAAACGUUUAGGUGUAACAGGUUGGGUGGGCUGUAUUGCUUUCUCUGGCCAAGUCCGAAUAGGCUGCAGUCCCAAACGCAAUUUCUACAAGUCCCACUGCAUGGGGAAAAUCCAGAGGAAGUUGGGCGUGCUAAAUCCUACUUACCUAGGGAGAUGAAAUACACAGACAAGCAUCAAAGUUUACUCCAAAGUAAACCUUGCUUACUGGAGAUUCCUUCUUUCCCCACCCCCAACCCCAUCAUAGGCAAGGGGCUGUGGUUUCCAUAAGAGUGAGGUAUAGGUAACCUUUUCAAGAUUGCACCAAUUGUGUGGAAUGAAGGCCUUUGGGAAUUUGUGUUUUAAGGAAUGUGUUUAUGACAGAGGUGUUACUUGGUUUCUACAAAACUAAUGCAACUCAUAUCAGUUCUGUAAUGAGAGGUUAUAAAGUGCUAGAGAAUUAUUGCAAUCCAACUGAAAUACUGAGGCUAUGCUAAUUUUAUUCCAGUCCUAAAGGUGGUGGAAUUAAGGAUGCUUCUUCACUCUAUGUGCUGCUUCAUGUUACAUGGCAGCAAGAAUGUAUUUUAUUUGGUCUUUGUCUUGUGGUGUGGAGACAUGGCUGAUCUCUCAUGUGCUUAGAGGUGCUUCCAAAAUAAUCCUCCUCUGAAUUUUCUUUGCAUUAUGAAUUGUGCAGGCUUAUUUUUGAAAGAGAAUCAGUGUAUUCAGAGUCCUCCAUUCCUCCACUUUUUUGUUCCCAAAUUUUCUAUACGGUGCUGUGGGUCCAUGAUUUGCUAAAGUUCCUUCAUGUCUUCACGCUGUCCUGCAUUACCAAUGCAUGCAUGUGUGUGUGUGUGUGCAUUAAUUAAUUGCAUUGAUAGAAUUGUACACACAGUUGUAUGGAUUUUCCUUUGUGCAAUCUUUUACUAAUGGAAAGGAGCACGUUUUGUGCACACCAGUGAAACAUUGCACAAAAAGAAUCUUGAUACAAUCAUGGAAUGACAACUUCAGGGUUGUUUUUCUGCAAUGUUUUCUACACAGGCAUGUGUUUACUGUAUUCCUAAAGUAGAUGGGGAAGACCAUGACCAUGAACUGUAGGAACUGAAAGUGGAGGCAAAUUGUGCGUUUUCCAGUCCCAGCAAAAGGUUUUUAAAAUUCUCCUAGUUAAACUGGAAUUUUGGAGGAGUGGCACCAUCAAGGCAGAGCAAGCCCUCAGAAAAUAAGGGAAUUGGAUAGAGACCCCCCCACACACAUAUCCUUAAGCUGAACUCAGUUUUGUAAAAAAAAAUAUGCACAGAAUGGGAACUGUUCCUAUGAUUUCCACAGUCCUCUGUAGGGGGACAGAUUUGGAUGGUGCAAUAGGCAGCAUGAUGUUUUCAGUCAGAUCUACAUGGAAGUUUAAUCAUAGAUGAGUAGAAUGCAAGGCUAUUGUGACAAUGGAAUGAGAAACAGAGGGAUUUUUAAAAAAACAACACUGAUUCAAGUCACAAUUUUUCUAACAUUCCUAACCCCCCAAAUGCUUAAAAACAAAAACAAAAACCCUUACCCUUGAAAAUCCAUAUGAAUUGAUGGGCUAUAUAUCCAUCUAGCCCAGCACUGUCCAUCCUGACAGGCAUCUCAGAUUGAAAGGUAGAAGCUGACAUGUGAAAUGACCUCUGCCUGGGACCUGGACAACUGCUAGCUAGGUGGGCACACCUCCUAAUUUGGUGCAAGGCACUUGCCACAUUCCUGUGUGAAUGUAGCCAGGGGGUGCUAGGGGGCAGCUGUUGCCCCCCCCAGUAAAUAAAUAGAAAUACUUACCUAACGGAUACCUAACGGACCAGUUUUGCAUCACUGCCCCCCCUAAAAUAAACCCUAGCUACGUCCAUGUAUUCCUGUUGUAUUCUGUGGCACAUUGUUUUCAAUUGAACUUCCAAAUAGCAGCCCAAUCUUAAUUAGCCUGAACCUUCCCCUUAUUUCUGUGUUAUUUCCAACUAUGGAGGAUGGAACAAGCUUGUUUUCUGCUGCUCCAGAGGGUAGGAACAGAACCAGUGGAGUCAAGUUACAAGAAAGGAGAUUCUGACUAAACACUGGGAACAACUUUCUGCCAGUAAGAGCUGUUAGACCGUGGAAUGGACUCCCUUAGGAGGUUAUGGACUCUCUUUCUUUGGAGGUUUUUAAGCAUCCAUCUGUUAUGGAUGCUUUAGUUGAGAUUCCCGUUAGAUGACCCUCAGGAUCCCUAGAUUCUCUGCAAUUCUAUGAUUCUAUAUCUGUGAGAUACUUACAGCGCCUGGUAGGUGGAAAGUGUGCUUACGGGGGAAAAAAUGUUGGUCAAUAUGUUUGUCAUUCCAAGAAAGGUGUUGGUUUUUGAAGCCUAUAUAAACUUUUGGGCACACCAAGAAAAGACCUCUUUAUUGUGGCCGAGGUUAGCAGUUAUUAUGCAGUUUGCUGUACCAGCACAUAAAUACUUCCCAAUGAUACAACAAAGCAGGGCUGUAAUGUUGGCACAUGUUAUGGUUAUAAUUUAGAAUGUUGUUUGUAUUCAAGGUCACCCAAUCUCAAAAAGCAUAUUAUAGUGCAGCAAAAGGCAAUUGAAUUGACCAUAGCAUUUUCUUCCUUAGAAAGAAAAGCUAAAGAGAUUUAUCUUUUUAGUUUAGAAAAAAGGUUGUUCUUCCUUCACUCCCUCUGUACUAUUCCUUAUUACAGUGGUACCUCAGGUUACAUACGCUUCAGGUUACAUACACUUCAGGUUACAGACUCCGCUAACCCAGAAAUAGUGCUUCAGGAUAAGAACAGAAAUCGGGCUCUGGUGGUGCGGCAGCAGCAGGAGGCCCCAUUAGCUAAAGUGGUGCUUCAGGUUAAGAACAGUUUCAGAUUAAGAACAGACCUCUGGAACGAAUUAAGUACUUAACCUGAGGUACCACUGUAUAAACAGCUCCAUGAUUCAUGCCUCCUCCUCUACUCACUGCACUGUGUCCCACCUUGUCCCAAAGAAGGGAUCGAUUUAUUCCAUCUUUUACUGUACUGCUGCUAUCCGAGGAUAUGCAGGCUGGAUCAACAGUGAUGGAACUUGGGGUCUCAAAAUCAGCAGCACCCUGCACAACAGCAAAAUGUGGUGCAUCCACUUCCUCUCACACUCCAUUCUAAAUCACAGUUGUGGCAUCACCCCCAAGGCUCCGCGACCAGUGCUGCGGAAUCAGCCGCACUCUCCUAAAUCCACCUCUGCUCAGGAAGGGACCUCACAGAUCCGUGAGGGCUAGUCCCAAGUACAUGUGCAUAGGCUUGCAAGCAGGGCCGUCUUUAGCAUGUGGGCCACCGGGGUACAAAGAUCUGUCCAGCACCCCCAAAUUUAGUUUAGCCAUCCCCAAAUUAACUUUUAUUGAGCUUUUUUGGGGAGGGGGGGAAGCCAGCGUUGUUGACCUUUUUUUAGGGGGGUGAACUCAAAGUUCUGGAGUUUUUUGGGGGGCGGCAAUCGCUCACCUGUAACAACGACACAGUGAAAAGACUGCUUUUGUUUCCUGACUCGUCUGGGAUAUUUGCUGCUGCUGAGUAAUAGAGCAAUGGAGGAGCGGGGCGAGGACUUUUGCUCCUUUCCUUUUCACUGCCGCCAAUCAAGAGGGACCGGUAUACAGUAGGUAUACAUUUGGGGGCCCCCUAAAAUUUGGUGCCUGAGUGCCCUGCACCCCUUGCACCCCUGGGUAAAGAUGGCCCUGCUUGCAAGCCUAGACAUCACAUUUCAUCAAAUUCUUCCUUGUGUUAUGCCAAAGCUUGCUCUAAAAUAUUUUAGAAACACCUUUUUUAAAAAAAGAUUGCAAUCCUUUCCACACUUUCCUGGGUGUAAAUCCCACUGAGCACAAUGAGACUUGUUUCUGUGUAGCUAGCAUAGGAUAGUUGUGAAGUCCAGUUGUCAUGAAAAAAAUCCCAUCUAUCCUAUGCUAGCUACACGGAAACAAUGAAAUCUAUUUUUGAAUCCAGCUAGGAUUUUAGGAUAAAAGUUGAACGUCUGCUUCCCAGGUGUUUUCUUGGACGAGAACUGAAGUAUAUGGCAGAUAGUUGGAUGGCUCCUUCAUGGAGUGAUUUUUUUUCUUGUUUAAAAUGUAUAGACUGAAACCUUCAUUAGCCAAAAAAUCAUAUGCCAUUAUGGGAGAGUAUUGGUUUCAUUUUUAUUUCUUUUUAAAGAGAUAGUUCUAGCUUUCACAGUUGGGGAUAGAAACAUCAAUCAUAAAGACUCAAAGUGCCAGAAGUCACUACAAAAACCAUUCUUCAGUAAAUACUGACUUGAAUUCUAGACAGUUAAUACUGGAAAGGGCAGAGAUAUUUGCCACAGGAAUGCAGAAUCCCAUGGUGAAUUCAGUGACUAAAUAAAACCUGGCUUUCUGCCCCACAUUUCUUGCUAAUUAUGAUCUAGCAGGAUGCCCAUUUUGUCUGAGUUGUUAGGCUUAGAUCUAAAGCUGUAGUUCCUCCCCAAAUCCCAUUAACACCCCACCCCUUCAGCCUCCUUCAUUUUGACCAACAGGAGUGACUUUUGGAGUUAUCAGGGGCUGCAAUGGAAAGGGAGUCCAAAAAUGGCCCAUUUCAUGAGCAGAGUUCUUCUCUGGCUCCAGCUGUUAGUAUAUAGUAGGUAAUCCAGCCUUUAGUGGUGACAAUUGGCAUAUACCAUUCUGGAUGUUUUCGCACAUUACAUACAAAGUCCGCCAACCCACACCCCAUGCUUAGUGAUGACUUGAUGUUUCAAAAUGUGUACAUAGAUAGAAACAGGAGGUGUGGAAAAGGCAUCGCCCCAGGAAUCUGCUGCCCAAGGCAACUGCUUCAUGUCACUUCAUGGUUUGUGGAUCAAAGCUUUGGCUCUAAGGUGCUAUGAUAGAGACUGGGACACGGUGUUUAAGAAUCAUCUCAUAUUCCAGAGUUUUUGAAGCUGGGAAUGUUUCGGGUCAUAAAGCAUGAAAAAUGAGGCAUGGAAUUCAAUCAUUAAUGUAAAUAUAACUUUUGAAUCCAUAUUAUGCUGUUUAUAAAGAGUGGGAUUAGUAGAAUACAGAAGUUUCUCCAAAACAUCAUUUCAGUGGCCGUGUUCAGACUAGAGACAAAUGGUAGUUUUUCUUCUCCUGGGAGUGGCACCAUAGGGCCAUCAUGGCUCGUAAUGCAUUGCUGAUUCUGAAAAGCAGUUUUUGCCCUUUUGUAGUUAGGCACCCUAACAUCUGCUUGAACAGUCAUGACAGUGGAAUAAAAUGUGUUCCUAUCAUACCACCUUCAAUUCUCCUGAAGAGAGAAAAGUAUUGUGUGCCUAAGACUUCACCCUUGAAAAUGGUGCAUUGCCUACUUACGUGCAGUUAGGUAACUUGCCCCACUUCAUCAGGGCUGGUCCUAGUGUUGGGCAACCUUGCGAAGCCUCCAGGGAACAUUUUUCUCCUAUCAAGCAUGUUAAGCAUGAUAGGGAAGAAUGGUGGGGAAGAGCGUAGUAUCAAAGGACAGUGACAGAAGAGAAGUCGGGCAUCCAAACCUCAAGGAUGCUGAGGAGAAACCAAGGAGUCAGCUGAGGGCAGCACCCCUGGAGAUGCUCAAGAACUGGCUGCUGGCUCUUUCCUCCAGAGCCAGGCUUUCCCUUUGUUCAGUGGGUGGGCUGUGCAGCUGGUGCACUGAGGUUUCCCAUGAAGCCUGCCCAGCAGGCUUAAGCCAUAAUUUGGACAGACCCUGCUUCAUAUCUUCAUUAUAGUUCACUGGGGAGUUCCAUUUACCAUCCUGCCCUUAUGUCACUGGAUAAGUAAUACCUUUUACAUUCCCACAACAUUUUCCCUUCUCCUUCCUAUCCUCAUUGGCCACGAUCCAACGAUACAGCUAGCUCUGCAUGCCCAAUGCUGAUUUGGACCUGUGCUAGAGCAGUGGCUCAUACCUCAAGGCAAAGCACUUUUGAAAACGGUGAGGGCUUUCAAAAAUACUUUGAGAUGUGGCAUGCUGGGGCCAGUCACUCCAGGAGAAAAUGUCAAAAAUCCCACUGGGCACAUUGAAACCCCCAAGGGGCUCCUCAAGUUAGCAAUUCUUUGGAUAUGGCCAUUGUUUCUGCUCAGUGUUGUUUUACAAGGCAUCGUUUUUUGAGUCAGUUUCAUUUUAGAAGACUACUGUGGCCUUUCUGGAAUUGAUGCAUUUUGCUGAAUGAUAAAGCCUGCGCUGAAAAAGAAAAAGCAGGUGGGAACAAAAUGUUUUCUUAUUAAAGGAGCAAUUAUUUAUUCAGCACAAAUUGUUUGUGCACAUACGGGUUGGAUUGUAAAAGAGAAAUAUUAAUAUUUCAUUGCUGCACUUCCUCAUUGUUUGUAAAAUGUAGACUUAAUUUGUCUCUUGCAUUGUAAUAUAAAGAUCUAUGGCUGCAGGUAAUUCUCUACCUGCCUACGAGCAAAUAUAUCAAGAGCUGAAAUAAAUAGUACCUUCCAAUAUAAUUAACAUCAUUUACACAUUAUUUUGCUGAACUGAAAUCUGGAUGCACGGGAAGACUAUUAUUUAUUCAAAGCUAUAUGUAGGUGAAAAAGCAUAAGGUACAAUUUGGCAGGAGGAGAGUUUGGAAAAAUAAAAUAACCUCCCCACACACACAAAGAGUUCAACUAGUUAUGAAGCCUGUGUUUUCCUUUGAAAAUACUCACAUUUAUUAAGAUAACUGAGUUUCAGUAUUUUGUUGGUCUUUCAUUGUUGGUCGUUUAAUUUGAGACCUCGUUUUCUUUCCUAAAUGGCAAUUUAUAAAAUCACUAGUUAGAUAGGGACAGAGAUAUAGACACAGAUAUAUUUUCUAGUGAAGCCCCUAUUAUAGUGACAGAGUGGUUGGCCAUAGAUUGCUGGGACCCCUGAGCAGCAAGCAAGGAAGCAGCUUGUCUCCAUGUAAACUGCAUAUGUGAUCUCUGUCAGCGGAGGCAGGGUGAAAUCAGAAAAUAUGGAAAGUGGCAUAGAUAAAGUCUGGCAGUCAGGCAGGCAAGUUGUUAUGCCCAUAAAUAGAAUAGGGGCACUUUAUGUGUGGAGGGGCCUUUUGCUUCCUGGGGGAUCCCUGUUUGUGAGGGUUGAGGCACCCACUGUGAGUGCGGGAACGCAGGUUUGCCUUCAAGUGUGCAGACCUUACAUUCCCCAUUCACUUAUAUGGGAGAAAGGAAAGAAGUGCCCUUGGAGACAUCUUUGCAAUGGAGGCCUCACCCAGUUCUCUAUCCGAGUCACCGCAAAUCAAGCCAUUGAGUGGGGUGGACUGCUUCUCUCAGCACAUCCUACAUUUUCUUCCUUUUCCUCACACUGCAAUGGAGAUAUUGAGGGACUGGCUUUUAUAGGGAGAAAUUGUGAUUAACCACUUGAAUGCACUAGGCAUAAAUACAGAAAUCAUGACUUAGAAAUUGUGAAAACAAAAUGUAAAAAGGAGAAAGGCAUGGACUCCAACAAUUAAUGAAUGCCUCCUCUGGGAACAUUGCAAAUAUUUUCAAGUGUGUAAAUCCAUGGAAUAUAACUGCUAUAAACUCUGCUUCAAAGAAUAAUGUUAACUUCUACAAAUGUAAUAAAAGCAAAAUGUACAUGAUACAAAUGCUGAUAUAUGUUAGUUACCUGGAUUGUCGUUGUUGUCCUUCCCAAGUACCCUUUGGUAAACCACUUGUGUAUGUAUCACCUGUAUUAAUCUAAACAUCUACCGCAUACUAAUAUAGAAUAUCAUUUUAAACCUGUUUUAAUAAUUUUUACCACUGCAAAACUUAGCCUACACAAACAGCAGCUCCUGUGGUAAGAGUGUCCCUCUUCAGACCACAGAAAGCGUGCUUGAAUGCUUUUAUUGGGGGAGAUACAUGCACAGAAAAAUAGAAUGCUAGAAACCUUCUCCCUGACAUCUAAUUGUCUAUGUACAGAGAAGGAUAUACAGUAUUUAUGCAAUCCUCUGUCUGAAGCGAUAGACUCCAAGAAUUGCAGCUGUACUAUUGAUGAUGCCUAAGUAUCACUAUCAUGCCAGAGGUCAGGUCACAGUUGCAAGUGGCAGUUCUGGGAAGAAAUCACAGAACAAAAAGCCCGAAAUAAAUAUGCAAAAAUAUUUUCCUGGAAGAAGAAGAGAUCCUCCAGAACCAAAAUAUAAAAAGGGAAGAAAUCAUUGUAAUUGGUUGCAAAUAGCCUGUUGUGACUAGCUAUUUGAAGUUCUUACAUGUCGUGCAAAUUCUUUGUUUGAUAUAGUUUUGGGGGUACUUUUUAAAAAAACAAUAACAAGUUCUGCUAUGAAAUUGUGCUUUUAAAAUGGACAAAACUGGGAAAGACAUAAAAACCCUAUUCAGGCAUUAAAAUGAUCAACCCAUGGAAAAGGAUUGCAUGUCACUGAGCUUGUCAGUUCCAUCCCCAGCAGUCUUGGGGAUGGAAAGUCUAAAGGAGAUUUAUAAGUGCAUUUAGCCGAAUGUGCUUAGAAACUUCCCUGUAACUGAGAACCUUGCAUUAUUCCAAGGAGACUUCUAAGUGUGUUCAAUCAAAUGUGCUUAGAAUUCCCUUCCCUACCUUCCCACUCAAUACAGGAAGGUCAGGGAUGGAACAGGCAGAGCAAGCACACAGGUGAGUGUUGGCAGCAGGGCUGGUGUGCUUGGCCCCACGGACCUUACCUGCGCUCCCAUCCUCCAUUCAGGCAUAAUUCCCAAAUUAAGCAAAACUUUCCCUCAAAUGUGUUCCAGGAACAUUUCAUCCUGAAAACUCCUGCUCUGAGCCUUCCCCUAACGCAUGUCAUGUAUAACUUUUCAGGUGGCACGUGUGUAGUCAAUCCCACAGACCUCUUUUGCUCGGUUCCUGGCCGUUUAUCUUUACUCAGCUCCACGUCCAAAUACAAAGUGACCAUCGCAGAAGUGAAGAGACGCUUGUCCCCACCAGAAUGCCUCAAUGCCUCUCUGUUAGGAGGGAUUUUGAGAAGGUAAGGGAAAGCUGUGUGCAACUGCAUGGGGUAGAUAUAGGGACGCUUGAGUUGGACUCAGUGGGGCCUUGGAUGGCAUGUCAUUGUGCCUGCUCAGCUUGGCUGGGCUUAUAAGAGGUGAGGUCUUCAGACCUUUAUGUACCUCAGGCUCUUCAUGGAAAAGGGAACACUGAGACAGAUUGAUCAGAGGCAGAGAAAUGGUGCCUCCUCUGGAAUCUGUUUCCUGAAGUGAUUAGUACUUCAUCUGAACGAUUGCCUCAACAAGGAAGACCAGAACUAAUAGAGGAAACAUAAGCAGCUUUUUGUUGUAGCAUUUUAAUUGUUGGCUGUGGUUUUAUCUGUUAGGAAACUUUUGUGUCUAAAAAUAAAAUAGAAACAACAUUCUUCCUCUCCCAAUCACCAACUAGACAUCAUCUCUAUGGAAUGUAUAUAAAAUGGAGUUCAUUUGGUUAAAUUUUCAUUUGUUUCAGAAUGAAUGCAUUAAAUAAUGAAUGGGCAUGAAUGGCCUCAGCUUUUGUUACCACACUUAGACCCGUUUGAACUUUUCACUGAUAGUUCCUGCAGACACAUUGUUUCAAUGGCCACUCUAUCUUUUAUUUUCUCCACAGUGCUUAGAUCAGGCUUCCUCAAAGUCGACCCUCCAGAUGUUUUGAGACUACAAUUCCCAUCAUCCCUGACCACUGGUCCUGCUAGCUAGGGAUCAUGGGAGUUGUAGACCAAAAAACAUCUGGAGGGCCGAUUUUGAGGAAGCCUGGCUUAGAUGAUGCAUCACUUCAAUAUAUUUGGGAGAGAAAUGACAGCUGAUUCACAUGAUGGUCAUUCCUAAUGGUGACCACCAUUAAUAUAUGCCGCCCCUCCCACAAGAAAGCCUACAGAACAAUAUAACAUGAGGGGUAUUCUGGCAAAAUGAAAUGGCAGUCACAAGGAGCAGGCUCCAAAAUCAGCUCUGUGAUCACUGUUGACCCAGAUGACAGGGGCAGGGGAGUUACAAGCUGCAUUGAAGGGGGAAACAAACAUGAGUGCUGAAACAAAAUGACUUUGCAUGAAAAAAUGACCAAAGAAAUGUGACUUUCUCAAAUUAAACACAAAACAAAUGAUGUAGUUAAUAGCAAAAGCCAUCGAGUAAUUAAAUUGGUGAAGGGUGGGAAGAUUCUUGCUCUUCUUGGUGCAAAGCUCUGUUAAUAGAAUCAAAGUCAUUCAUUUUCUUCCUUUUUACUAGUAUCAUUCAGGGGGUCCCUUCUGAAACCCAUAAAUCUGUGAGAGGAACAGGACUACUUUUUGUUUGAUAACCCUUUCUAAGUGUAAGUCAAGAGAGAAUGCCAGUACAUCAGAAACCCCAAAUUUUACUCAUAUUGUACCUGCAUGCUUUCAGUUUCCCACCUAAUGUCCCUUUCAGAGGAGUGGUUUUAGAGAUGAGAGGAUUUCCUCUGUUCGUUCUCUUGCUUUAUUUGUUUCUAUGAUUUGCUGUGCUCCAAAUUUCACUUUUCCUGAAUCCAGUUUAACUAGAGGCAUUUGUAAAAUUUAAUUUGGAAUUUGGGACAUGUGCAGUUUUCCACAGUCUAUUUUUCCUAAUUCAUUUGUAUUAUCUCGGCUUUUGUUACCAGUGCACAUUAACACAUUUAUAAAGCACACUGCUCCAAAAACAAUCUUGAUAUGACUGCAUCAAGUUUCUUUCCAGUGUGCCCAUAUGCUGUCAUAGAUUGGUCAAACAUGGCACACAAAAAAGCAUUCUAUUACAAUUGUAGGUACUAUUAUAUCACAAUUUUUUUGUUGAUGUAUUUUAUCAAUGCACAUAGCAUUUGCACAUCUGUGAUGCAGAAGAGAGGGCAUGCAAAUAAGCUGAAGGAACAGGCUGUGUGUACAAAGUGUGCUGUACAAAUCUGAAAAUCAAAAAGGAACAAUGGGGAGAAAAAUCAAAUGUGUCAGUUUCACUUUGGAAACAAGACCUGAUCAUUCAAAACUCCAAAAAUCUGGGGAGAAAUUUGGUUGAGGAAAUUUUUGGAAGCCCCACUAAGUGAUCUGACCAUGAAAUCAAUUUGUGGGGAAAGGCUAGCCAUAUGCACACUCGUGUACACUAUGGCACUGAUUCAAUUGCUACUCACAAUGGUUCCUAUGGGGAAAGAAAGCAAGAUCAAGUCAUGGCUUCCCCACUUAACAUGCCAUUUAGCCCUUAGCAACAUCAUUCUUCUCAUUUACUAGCUCCAGCUGCUGAGAGUACCUAUCAAUUCCUGCUGAGGAAGGCCUUGUACUGCAAAUUGGGAACAUGCAGCUCUUAGAUGCGCAUUUGAGGAAUUAUUUUAAGUAAGAAAAACUGGGAAAGGAUAACAUUGAAUCUUUGUAUUUCCAUUCCCUCCCCUUUCCCUGACAGAGCAAAAUCCAAGAAUGGAGGACGCUGCUUAAGAGAAAAAUUGGACAGGCUGGGGCUCAAUCUGCCUGCAGGGAGGAGGAAAGCAGCAAAUGUCACCCUCCUAACAUCCUUAGUAGAAGGUAUGCUUUGUAAUAUCAUGAUAUAAAUACCUUACUUGUUGCCUUCUUGAAUUUUUGAAGUGGUUUUGGUUCCAGCAUGUUACUGUAACUGCAGGUGAAAACAAAAGAUCAACAGUUACAUUUUUCCUACUAGCAAUGAAUGACAACUGUUGUUUCUGAAGUUUCCAUGCUUUGUUCUCAACAUGUCAAUGAGGCACCUGCCCUGAGAGUGUGGCAAGAUGGCAGACUAUUUAAGUAACGAACACAGAAAGCUGUCUUAUGCUGAGUCAGGUCAUUUGUCCAUCCAGCUCAACAGCAGCUCUCAAGGAUUCCAGAGAAGAGUUUCUCCCAGUUCUAUUUGGAGAGGUUAAGAAUUGAACUCAGGACCUUCCGCAUGCCAAGUGUGUGUUCUGCAAUCAGCAGGUGGUACAGCCCCCUUCCUUUUAGGCAGUAAAAGCCCCAGCAGGGACUUGAGCAGGCAACUGUGCAAGAGACAGAUAACGAUAACGAUAUCUUUAUUGUCAUUGUCCCAUGUGGAACAAUGAAAUUGAAAAACUGCAUAAAACUACAUAAAAACUACAUAAAACUACCACAAAACUACAUAAAAACUACAUAAAACUACUACAAAACUACAUAAAACAUUAAAAAACCCCUAAAAACUCUAAAACCCCAUUUUAAAAUACACUAUACUAUAGAGACCCCUUAUGCUGCGUUUAGAACCAGAAUUGCAUUUGCAUAGAAACUGUUUCUCAGGCGGCUAGUCCUGGCCUUUAUAACCCUAUACCUUCUUCCAGAAGGCAGAAGCGGAAAGAACAGACUUUCAUUGACUGAUUCCAUCUGAGAAGGCAGGAGCCUAACAUGGAGUUUUAAGGAUAUGGGUCUCAAACCAGGGACUCCUGCAGCAAAGUCCAGGAAACUUGCUCCAUUUGCCACUAUGGUAGUACUGUAAUUGAGGAUCAGCCCAAAUACACUUAGGCUCAAGCUUUGACCAGCUGUUGUCAAUCAGAGUAGACAAGAGCAGGAGGAUUGGUGGGUCCAUGGUGGGCUUUAGGGGAAGGGACUGCUUUUUAAUCUGUUGGCACAGCCAUCUUGAAAUGCCACAGCAACUUUGCUCAGAGGACCCCUCCCCCCACACAGUGCUGACUGCUAGAGCAGCCGUGCUGCACUGCUCGUUGUUUUCACUACAAUCUGGGGCACAGGCUGCUUUAUUUACAGCUAGAGCUGAUGCUGAACAAGCAAGACUUUUUCUGUAUUGCUUGACAAUUGGCCAGGGAGCUUUGCAAGAUUGAAAAGGACAGUUUGCUGGGCUAAGGCAGAGCUUUCUGGAAGGCCCCACAGGAGGGACCAGGUUGUGUACCUUGACAGGCUUCAGCUGGCAGGUGCAAGGAGCAGCAAGAAGCUCUCCUGGGCCUCCCCAAGACUGAGGGAUGCUCCUAUCUCGAGUGAAAGCUGAAAACAACAGUCCUAGGAGGAUGCUUAUCCAUGGAUUUCCUCUCCUCUUCUCUCUGGCUUUACCUGCAUAAUGAUCAGCACUCCUGCAGCAUUACCUGUUUAAGGAAUGGGGGGGAGGAGAGAGAAAUAGGUUGCUUUUCCAUCCCCGUGAGAAGACAGAAGACUGAAGACUGUGAAAACAAAGGCUACAGAGUAGGAGAAGGGGAGAGAAGCUGUGGAUGUGGUAGUGCCCAUUAAACAGCCAAAAGAGACACAUGUUGACCUGUUUGUUGAAAAAUAUGUGUUUUGUCUUGUAAAGGGAUGGGGUGAAGAAAGCAAAUUGUCUCUAAAAUUAAUAUCUGCAGCUCAGUAUGAUAUGUCCUCCUGAUGUUUUAACUACUCCACAGUUAUGCAAUUGAGCCCAAUGAAACUAUAAAAUUCUAUAUGAAAAUUCUCUGUUUCUAAACAAGCAACACAAAAGUAAUCAGAAUUAUAUUUUGUCCAUCUUAGGGCCUUUAUUUGGCUGCAUGUUUUAUAGCUGAACACAUAAUGAAUUAAUUGAUUUAAUUUCCGUAUAUAUGCAUAUUACAAUGCAAACUUCAACCAAUUUACUCUUAUCCAAAUUCGAAAAGAAAUGGAUUCUCUAAAGAGUUAACUUACAUUUUAAUAAACAGAAGCUACCAACCAGUCAUAGGUAGCUGGUUUUAAUGCCAUUUUUUAAUAUUUGAAAAAAAUAUUUCUUUAUUCAUAAUUAUCGAAAAAUUCCUAUAAUCAUAAUACAACAGCAUUGUUGUUGACAUCCAUCUGUCUCAAGACAAUGGAGUGUGCCUCUGGGGGUGAAGUCAAACUAUUUUGUUAGCAGACCAAAGUGACCUCCCUGGGCAGUGUGUAUGGAGGUCUUGGGCCGCCCAGAAGACAAGACCCCCUUCUCAGUCUCGCUGAUGUGGUCCAAAGGAAAGCAGAGCCCCAGCUUGGCUGCAGGAGUUGCUGGGAGAAAGCGUACAAGGCACCAUCCAACCAACUCCACUCUAGAUUGUGUUGGGUUUACUCCUUAACCUUUUCUUCUCCCAAAGCUGCUAUCCCCCAAGGCAGUGAAGGUGCAGGGUCAGAGUUUUCCUUCUAGAUGGGCUACCUUCUCAGGUUGACAAGCCCCAUCUGCCCCUUACAUCCAUCUGCAGCAUGUGCAGAAACCUCUGUCUUGCUAUGCUGCCUAGUAGUUAUAGCAAGCAAGGAGUUCUUUUGGAUCCCAGCAGAUGGAGGACUAGUAGACUGUUAGAAGAAGAAGAAAAUGGUUUAUUGAUUGACAAUUAAUAGCAGUAAGACAUAAUGAUACUACAAAAUAGAGUCUAAUAAGCUCUACAAUAUAGACUUGCAAUAAGCAAAGACUUGACACUAAAUAGCAAUUAAGAUAAGCAAAAAAGGCACUUCAGGAUAUUUAGGGAGAUAACAGCAAAAGCGAAGUUCAUGGUUCGUCUCAUUUGCUGCAGAGCCCCCAGGAACAUCAGAUCCUUCCCUCAGCUGAUGGGACCAAUGUCCGAAGUUUACCUGUAGAACGCGAGGACUCACUCAGCCUCUGAAGUUAGGAGCUUUUAUAGCCCUAGCGAGAGUGCAAUGUCAGGUUAUGCAGGUGUUCUACAUUAUGUGAACCUUCCUCCCUACUUGGGCGUGAAUGCAGUGUCGGCCUUAUGUCUGGUCAAUUAGGGUGCAUGAUGUCAGCUGUCCUUCAGGCUGAGCCAAGUACAGUUCAUGUCUUGGGCAUGGUAGCUUGUCAAACUGGCAGGUGUCUGGCAGCUGGCCAAAUUCUCAUUAAGUUGCCAAGCCCUUAUCAUAAAGGUAAAGGUAAAGGGACCCCUGACCAUUAGGUCCAGUCGUGACCAACUCUGGGGUUGCGGCGCUAAUCUUGCUUUAUUGGCCGAGGGAGCCAGCGUACAGCUGGUCAUGUGGCCAGCAUGACUAAGCCACUUCUGGCAAACCAGAGCAGUGCACAGAAACGCCGUUUGCCUUCCCGCUGGAGUGGUACCUAUUUAUCUACUUCCACUUUGACAUGCUUUUGAACUGCUAGGUUGGCAGGAGAAGGGACCGAGCAAUGGAAGCUCACCCCAUCGUGGGGAUUCAAACCGCCGACCUUCUGAUCGGCAAGUCCUAGGAUCUGUGGUUUAACCCACAGUGCCACCUGCAUCCCUGCCCUUAUCAUAUAUAGUCCUAAUUAUAUUGACAGAUAUAUAGCAGCAUCUAGCACCAGUUCCACAUUGUAAGUUAGCUAUAUGAUGAAGCCCUCAUCAUACAGAUAAAAAUAUAAAGAUUUAAAGCUACACUAAACGUUGAAACCAGGAAGCACCACCUAUUGGCCAUAUCUGAUCUGGCAAUACAACCUCCUUCUUGACCAUUGGACCCACUAUUAAGGUAAAGGUAAAGGACCCCUGACAGUUAAGUCCACUUGCGAACGACUCUGGGGUUGCAGCACUCAUCUCGCUUUACUGGCCGAAGGAGCUGGUGUUUGUCUGCAGACAGUUUUUUCAGGUCAUGUGGCCAGCAUGACUGGCGAACCAGAGCAGUGCACGGAAACGCCAUUUACCUUCCCGCCAGAGCGGUAUCUAUUUAUCUACUUGCACUGUGAUGAGCUGGGACUGAGCAACAGGAGCUCACUCUGUCGCAGGGAUUCAAACUGCCGAUCUUCCGAUUGGCAAGCCCUAGGCUCAGUAGUUUAGACCACAGCACCACAGCCUAUCUUCACAUGCUGGAGAAGUCCCUAAUUCAUUGAAGGUUUGAGAUCCAUUGGCUGCCCUCACCUGGUUUAGCUGGCUAGUCAAAGCCAUUCCUGGGGUAUGGCUACUGUUGCAUGCUGACAGCUUGUGGGAGCCACAGGUGACAGCUGAGUGUAGGGUGGGGAACAAAGGUGGAAUGUAUCCCCCACCAGAGGUACUACCCCUCCCCUAAUACUCCAUAUACCCCCCUCACAACAUCAUAGCCUUAAGAAAGCAAACAAUAUUAAAUUGAUCUUUAAAGUAUAAGCAUUGGGCCAGUUUCUUUGUGGAUUCAUUCCCUGAUGCUGCUGUAAUAUUUAAAGGCCCAGAGCCACAUCAUUGGGCCCAAUUGCAUGGGACCUUUUGAUAAGGUUACCAGAUGUCCCCAUUCCUCGGGGACAGUCCACAGAUUUACAAAUCAGUCCCCUGACAAAAUCCAUUGAAAUUGAAAAGUGUCCCUGGAUUCAUUGGGAAAAAAUCUGGUUACCUUACCUUUUGAUGAAUUGUUGAUGAGGAUGAUGUGCUGGUGGUGAUCUUGUGAUUGUCCCUACUCAAGUUGUGGGCUUUAAUAUGUCACCUCACUACUAUGCCCAUGGAAGUCAUCCCAUAGUGCUACUUACAGCAUAUCUGAACAUUGCCUGGUUUGAAAAGCUGCAGUACUUCUUUGCCAAAAGACAAAGUAUACGUUAGGUUUGGAUCCAAAGUGAGGGUGUGCUCACAUUACUGCCUUAGAGCAGUAAUGGCUCAGUUGGUUAGAGCAUGGUGCUGAUAACACCAAGGUUGCAGGUUUGAUCCCCCUAUGGGACAACUGCAUAUUCCUGCAAUGCAGGGAGGUGGACUAGAUGAUCCUCGGAAUCCCUUCCAAUGCUAUGAUUCUAUGAAUCAGUUCAAUUUCUGUCUGUGUACUGUACACACCAGGAGGUGUUGACUGAGCAGGGAUGUCUUUGCCCCAUGCAAAGGUGUUCCUGCCUUGGGCUAGAGACAAAUGAGGAAUGGCUUAAGAACAAUUUAAGCUGGUGGGAAGCUGGUUUGAGAAACAAGGCAUCAGACAGUAGUAUCUAAACACAAAGUACAGGAUAGAUAGACAUUUUGGAUAAUGUCUUGUGAGCAAGGAUUAAAAACCCAGCCAAAGUUUAAGUUUGCCAAAGUCCAGUCUUUGAUUUUGGUGGUUGCCAUUCUUCAGGGUUAUCAGUAUUUUAUUUUAUUUUUGAUGCCAUAUUUCAACAACAAAAAUAUGUUGUUGUUUUGUUUCUUACUACUCUUAUGCAAUCUGCUCUGGCAUUUUUCUUGAUUGAAGAGCAGGUACAAAUGCUUUAAAUCACAACUAUUUAUCUAUCUAUGUUGAGAGAGACAGUGUCUGUACAUUCUAAGUAAAGUACCAAAGACUAAAUGUAAAAUGACCCAGUUGUUUUUGCUUGCUUGCAGGAGAAGCUUUACAUUUGGCCAGGGAUUUUGGCUACACUUGUGAAACUGAAUUCCCAGCUAAGGCGGUUGGGGAGCAUCUUGCCAGACAACACAUGGAACAGAAGGAACAGACAGCAAGGAAAAAGAUGAUCCUAGCAACAAAGUAAGGGAAGAGCCAGAUUAUUUUCAUGCUGGUUUGUAACCUGACCAUGGAUCAGCCCAAAACAUAGUGGAAGAGCACAUGCACCCUCUGCAAACUUUUAGAGUGUUUUUGUUCCAUGAUACAUGCCGUCUUUUUUGCUCUAUAAGACUCACUUUUUCCCUCCUAAAAAGUAAGGGGAAAUGUGUGUGCGUCUUAUGGAGCGAAUGCAGGCUGCGCAGCUAUCCCAGAAGCCAGAACAGCAAGAGGGAUUGCUGCUUUCACUGCGUAGCGAUCCCUCUUGCUGUUCUGGCUUCUGAGAUUCAGAAUAUUUUUUUUCUUGUUUUCCUUCUCCAAAAACUAGGUGCGUCUUGUGGUCUGGUGCGUCUUAUAGGGCGAAAAAUACGGUAAAUGCAUUAGCCACAGAGGCUGCAGUUUGAAACACACUUCCUAGGAAGUACACUGUGUAGAAUUUAGUGACACAAAUACGUAAAUAUUAAUAGAAUAGCACUUCGUAUCAGUUCUGAAAAUAUAGCGUUCACAUGAGUGGUCUACUUGCAUGAGCACUGUAAUAUUAGAAAUGCAAAAUCACCAAUUCCAUUUGUGUGAAGAAAGAUGACUUGGAUGUUUUUUAACAGAAGUCUGCAGCUGACACAUCACUGGAAUCAGCUGACUGAUGCAUGACAGACAGAUGGACUGUUGCUUCUUUUCCGUUGUUAUUAUUGCCCUCUACUGGGCAUAAUCAGAAUUGAUCACCUGCAUGUCAUAGACAUGCUGAACAAACCAGGCACAUGAGUCAAUCCCGUAGUGCUCCUGUACCAGGGGCAGACUUUGGUCUUUCAAAUUUCAGCAGCCCCCUGCAUGAGGCCAAAAUUUGGUGCCCUCUCCAUGUCUGUUUUGCAUAUGCACUGCAACAUAAGUUACGGUGCCUCCCUCAGCUUGACACACAGUGCAGGAGAACCAGUCGCACUGUGCUAAAUCAAUCUCUGCUUAAUUUGUCAUUGGAAUUAUCCAGUGGGAUUCAUGGGAAACAUAUAAACUGACAAAGAAGUUCGGUAUUCUCAUGAAAACCUCACUGUAUAGCAGUUGACAUGCAAUCCUCCAUAUCAAACUUCUUUGAAUGUGCCCAAAUGUGCUGAAUUUACUAAAAUACAUGAAGAAGACAUGCACACAUCAAGACAGGAGCAGGCCAGAAACAGCCUAUUGACUUCCUGAUGUUAAAUCUUCUGAAAUUAUCUGAUUUUUGAACUUUUUUGGCCUUCUGGAAAAAGUGAGAAAAAUGUUUUCUUGAAAUAUUUUUGGUUACUUAUGCAAAAGUCAAUGGUUUAAUUUAAAUUUUUCAAAAAUCAAGGGCCAUAUUUUGGAGUAAAGACCUUGUAUAUUUUUUAGUUUAUUAUAAUGAGGGCCAUAAACAUACAUUAAAGACGUCAGUCUCUUAUUUGCUUUCUUUUAAUACGCAAGCAAGGAUGUAAUGCCAAACGCAAUUAUUCUGGAGUGAGGAAGCUUAUUCAACAGAAGCUUACUUCUGAGUAAACAUGCAAAGGACCAGAUGUUGCAGACCUAAGGGACACCACUCCUAACAUGUCUUCGUUUCCCUGUCACAUUAUCCCGUGUUAUCCUCAUCACAGUCUAUGAAGAAGGCUGGUGAUUUUCAUGAAUGUAGGGAGCUGAACCAAGGUCUCUCCAGACUGUGCACACCAGCUAUUAUUUUCACUAAUGCAGUUUCAGUAAGAGUCUCUCUCAGGUAUUCUGAAUAAGCCCAGUUACAAAACUUCCACUGAUUUCAACUGGACCCCCAAAGAAGUACAUGCUGCACUGUAGCAUUAUAGUCUGAUGCACAAACCAUUUAAGCUCACAUGAUAGGCUAGACAAAGCAGGUUAAUUUGUUCUGUUGGCCUGAGAUAUGAGGCUCAAUCGAACUAUAACAGCCCAGUUUGUUUAGGGAUCAGACUUUCUGCAUUAUACCUGCCCUGCAUAUUCAUUCACACUGAAGGACAGAGAGUAGGCUUUUUGCUCUGUAAGUGCUUCUGAGUUCCUUCCCCUGUGCCUCUUUCACAUUUUCAGCGGCCAUGGUGUGCUGCCUGGCGACAAGAUACAGGUGACCGCAAAUAACUUAUACAGUAUCAAAGGCUUCAAUGAAAGUAGCAAGCUUUCUGUUUCCUUGAAAAGGGAAACCUCUUUCCUACUUGAUGUAUAACCUCUCUUCAAAGAAUCCCCUUUGGCUAUACCAGCAUGCAAUAGUCCAAAAAUCACAUAACUGGCUUAAAAUGGAAGGAAACAAGCUGCCACUUUUAUUAGGCCACACACAGUCAUUACAAUCAGAAGUUCUGAAAUGCACAAACAUAACAGAGGCAAAUAGGCCUCCUGAAGCCCUUUAUCUUCCCCAAGGAGCCAUAAAAAACAAUUAGUCUGCCAGGAUUUUAAAGACCAAACAGACUCUUAAAACAUUUACCUAGGACUAGCGCAGACCAAUUGUUCAUCUGCAGGCACAUCAGCAUACCAUUUCAAAGUGACCCCUUCCAGCCAAGAGUGGCGGAGCUUCGAAGAAAGACUGGACCAAAAUUACUCUGGGCUUACUCACACUAAUGAUUUGCAUCAGAGCUUUUGGGAGCUAUGAUUUAACACUGUAAAGAUUGGAGUGAUAAAAACAAAUACUAUUUGCUUUCAUUUUAAACUAGCAAUGGUAGCAAAUAAUUUGUUUCCUUUUUUGAAAAAUAAGACAAAGCCUCAAAUGCUAGAGAGCAAAGAUUUGCUUGAUAUGGACUGGUAGACCUUAAUGCAGGUUUCCCUGGAUCUUAGAGACAGAAGUUCAUAUGGAAGUUAUUGUUCAUGAGAUAAAAUUAUGUCUAUAGGGAAAAUGUGUGUAGAACUUGAGAGCAAGGCUGUGCAAAAGUCUCAGGGGUUUGAACUAGAUUGCUCUUGGUGUGCCUUCCAACUCUACAAUUCAACAGUUCUAUGAGGUAUGAAUCUCAGGCAAAUCACACCGCUUCAUGCAGUCUGUUUAGAAAUCGAGAGCAACUCAGCUCUGCAUACAACACCCAAUUCUGCUUAAUUUUUUUUAAAAGGUAGAGACUUUUGUUAAUUUCCCCAUUAUAGUCUGUGGGAAAGUCAUGUGAAGCUUCAGAAAAUGGACUGAAGCAACCUUCUAAACACAAGCUGAAGUGGCCUCCUAUCUGAACCUAAGAGGCGGGUUCUGAAAUGAUUCACACACGAAAAACCCUACCUGGGAGGUGUUUGUGGCAUGCACCCAGAAAUGUUGCUUAUUUCUGAGAAUGGCCUCAAAAGGGGGGGGGGCAUGGCUCAUCAUCUCUUUUGAAAAUUACACUGUAGACUCCAGAAGGCAAUAUUUUAUGUAUGUGUGGCUUCCUUAUGAGAUGGUGAGAGAACAGUGCAAUGGUGUGCAACCAAGAGGCUAACCCCAUGUAGCACUAUUUCCUUUGAUCGCCUGUUUUUGAUCCUAUGCAGUUGUCUCAAUGACAUACUGGAUGAAAAUUGCGUACAAGCAAGCUGAUAGCAGCUGAAUUUAGACAUGAGUGAGAUAAGCAUGGUUGGCAAGUCCUGGUUGUAGGGAGAUGCCUCCCACUGAUGGCCUUUCCUGUUCACUGAAAUGUGAAGUUCUAUUGACCAAGGCCUGGAACUGGAUGGUCAAGAUUUAGUAAUACUGCAACUUGAAGCAUUUUAAAGUAGAUUCCAAAUGCAGCAUAACCAAACAUAAUUUGUGUUGGAUUGUUGUCGCUGUAUUAUGUAUGUGUACAUGUGCAUGCAUAUGCACAUUUUUUGGAAUAUAGAUUGAUUUUGAAUAUAAUCACUAAACAGCGUAAGAGAACAAUGGCCAGCUAAUAGUCCACAUGCUGGAUCAUCUGGCCUCCAAAUUAAUAUUGCGUGUUUCAAACAUCCUGGCACAGUUUCACUUGUAAAGCAAAGCCACGAGCCUCUAUGCACAUUCCAUAUGCAUUUCAUAGUGUUGCUAUUUCACAUGCAUUAUGGAAAGCAAUGGAAUAGUGCCAGUGCCAAACUCUUUUCAGCAGAGCUUUGAAGAAUGCCUUCAUUUCUUAGCCCACUUCCACCACCUGCUACUAUUUAUUCAGUUGUGCUCCAUACCUGGGAAUCCAUUUCUGCUAAGAGAUGUCAACACAUUGGAGCAUGCAUUGGGACACUGGGUAGACUUCCUUAACAUUAUGCAUCCAUUUUGGUUCUAGGCAAAUAUGUAAAGAAUUUCAGGACCUGCUAAGUCAAGAUAGAUCACCCUUGGGAUCCUCAAGACCCACUCCAAUAUUGGACCUUGACAUCCAGAGACAUUUAACACAUUUCAGGUAUGACCUUUGAAAUCCAUUUGUCUUCUGUAAGUCAACUUGAAAUGUUAGCUGGUGAAUGUUUUAGAUUUCAAUGUGCUUCCUCUCAAGAAACUGGGAGGAAAGUUGCUUAUGCUGCCACAGUAAGUUCUACAUUAAGACUAGCAUCUGUUAAAUCCAAUCUAUGUGUGGUAGGGAAGAGCUUUUGAGAGGUGCAUAAAAGGAGGCUACUUGAACUUUUGGUCUUGGGUUGGGGAGCUUUGCCGAGUUUAGUCCUUGUGUAGCAACCACAACUUACAGGAUCCCAAGGCACAGGAAUGUCCUCGAAUUUGAUCCAGGAGAGAGUUUAGCUCUCUGGGAUACAGUUACUGUCCAAGACAUUUAUGUAAACUCAUUUUUUGCUAUAUAAAUAAUAUAGACUUAGAUUAGAAAAGGCUCUUGAACUUUCCCCAGCUUGGCUUGCCUUAUCCCUCCCUUUAAUGACUUUUCACCGGAUGGUCAAACCUUCCAGGUUAGAGGAGCAUGAGGCCAUGAAUGGUUUUUAAACUCCUGCAUCUGUACUGCAUUGUUUGUAGACUGUUCUAAGAUUAUUUUAAGAGCCGCUUUUAUUUGUGUGUCUAUGCGUUCUUCAACAUUUAGUAGUUUAGCUAUUCUUCCUUGUUUUUCUUUAAAAUAUUGUUGGUUAUCUGCCUUAGGAAAGGUGGGAUAUAAAUGUUUUAGGUAAAUAAACAAUUAAACCACUUCAGUUUUUGCAUAAUGAUAAACUAUCCAGUUGAAUAUGUGGGCUUAAACAUAAAAUCCAAAUUCAUGAAAAUCUGCACAGUUAGAAUGCAAUGGAAACUAUUGUCUUGUUCCAAAGUGCUGUCAUUCCUGAGUGGUCAGAUGCCCUCUGGUGGUGCUGGUGAGAAGCAGUAAUUUCUUUUCUGCUGCUCUCCUAGUGAGCUAAACAAAAGAAGAAUAUGUGGGAGCAAGAAAGGACAUAGGACUAGGUGACAUUUUCCCAAUUGCACCUAAAUGAGCAUUCAGUCCCAAACAGGUUAAAUCAAAUAAGUGAUAUUGCAGGUCUCUCUAAGCAAGAGCAGGAUGGGAUAAGUGCAAAGAUUUCCCCCAGGUAUCAAUUAUAAAAAUGUGCUUGAAUGAAACGGUGGCUGAAGGUGGAGCACUUCAUGGAGCAUAGUGUAGAGAUGGGACAUUUCCAGGAUUUAAAUUCUUGAAGUGCCAAAAAAUUUAUGGAGCCAUAUAUACUUUCCUUGCGCUGCUCAGACAGGGUAUCUGCAACAUUUUCUGCAGACAAAGUUAACUAAAACACAACCAGUAGAACUACCACAAAGCACUUUAAUAGUAUUUAAGGGAAUGUGUGGGUUCUAAUAGGCUUAGCGUAGAGGGUGCUGUGGGUGUAGCUUUAGGACACAAGUCCUUCUCAUCAACUUGUUCUUCCUCCUGAAAUCAUUUUAAUAUACUUGCAUGCUUUAAAUUAUUAUUAUUAACAAUAAUGAAUAGUAAUGGUAAUAAUAACAUAUGUAUUUUUAAAAGGUUGUGUGAGCCACCCAAAUUGCAGCUGGCGUGUUAGCAAUCCUCUUCACACACUUAUUCAUGGGGCGAGUGGCCAUGCCCAGAAAGGAGUGGUGGGGCGAUACCACGGCCUCUGCGGCUUCCCCUGACCCACCUCCAAUAUGCACACAUCCGGCAUGGGCAACUGAGCUAUGUGCAUAGGCUUCAGUGCCAGAAAAGCUGAAACCCUGCAUAAAGCAUGCCCAUAUUGUGGCCGAUGCAGUCCCUCAUGCAGCAAGAGACACGGCUGAUACACUCGUUGCAAGUAGAUCCUCAUGUGCGUGAGCCACAAAAAUGUGAUUAUGGACCAAGGGAGAUCCUUUCAAGAAAACACUGGAGACUGCUCUCACCUUUUCAUUCCCAAAAUAAAUUUAUGUAAAGCAAGGGUGGCCCUUUAGCACUAUAACUCCCAUGCCAGCUGGGGCUGAUGGGAGUUGAUGUCCGGCAACAUCCAGAGGGCCCCACCUUGGCUGUGCCUGCUGUAAAGCAUCUGAAGGCUUGGCACUAAGCCCUGGUGUUUUCCGUCAAAAGGAGUGGCAUUCUGGCUUCUAACCAUGAACAAGUUACAUACUGAGAAGAACCGCAGGUAAUAUGUAGAGGCUGCAGGAAGGGGCUUCUGCAGUCAUAGGGGCCACUCAUGGGGUUAGAUGUUUUCACACUGAGCAGGGCAUAUCAGAGGCACAUGUCUCUCUUUGAGUAUCAUCAGCCUGCCACAGUAUGCUGUAAAUAUUUGAUAGCAACUUCUGCUGCUAGAAAUAUCCAGACUUGGCCAUUGCUGUAAACGGGGAUAGACAGAUGGUGGCUUCCUCUUUUUCUCCUCCACCUCCCAUGGAGAGUAAAGCUAUUUCCUUCACAAUAAGACUGAGCUCUGUCAGCCUGGGGGUGGAGAGGUGGGGUGGGGUGUGCGACACCUUGUAGCUGCUGCCAAAGGAGAGUCCAAGUCUUGAGGCCUAUUUGGCUGGUUUUGCUUCAGUGAAAGGAUAUCAUUAAAACAUGAAGGGGAAACGCCCUUUCCAUCCAGCUUCUGGGCAUGGCUGCAUGUGCUUAACUGCAUAAUGACUUGAGAAAAUUGGCAUAAUAUCCCACCACCGCCAAAGUUCUCAGAACACUCUUUACAAAUACAAAUCCAUUUUCGUUCCCCCAAAAGUGCAUUGUAUCAUGGUAAGUACAGAAGAGGAGCAAUGGGCCUUGCUUUCUCUUUCAUCUCAAAUGGCGAGAGGCUCAAAGCAGAUGCCAAGGUGGCAAAGAAAAGAGGAAAGUAAGAAAUGAGGUCAGAAAUUCUAGUCUGAAGGAAGGUCAGCACAGGAUAAAUGACAGUCUAGGAAGCUAGGAGGUUCCUCUCUCUAGCCUCCAGUCAGGGGCGUAGGAGGGGGGGCGGGACGCCCCAGGUGCCAUCAUGGAGAGGGGGUGACAAAUUAUCAAGGAACAAUUACUGUCCUACUAGGGCGGUUCAUAAAAAACAUUUUUUUAAAAAAUGCCUGCUUCAAAGGUCUUAUCUUACUACACUAGGGAUUUUAUAGCUAUAUCUGAAAUUUCAUGCAUAUCAGUUAAUAUCUUGACCCUCUUCCACAAAAAUAACUGUUUACUUGGCCGUUUUCAUAUGUCAUGAAGGCUGAAAUUUCAAUUCAGUGGAGCCAAAACACAAUCCAUCCUGUAGAUUUAAGUUUCUGUCCACAGUUGCCUACUUGUUAUCAGGGGCCCAGAAUCCACAUUCCUCUGUAAGAAAAUAUGAAAUAACAUAAAACCAAUUUUGCAGGCAAAUAAAAAAAUAAAAAAUCAAUGUGGGAGGCGGUGACAAGAACUUUUCCGUACCGGGUACCACCUGAUCUUCCUACACCUCUGUCUCCAGUGCAAGCUUAGCUGUAUCCAAAUACUUCCAGCAUUUCAUAGCUAUAUAACAGUCAGAAACCAGCAUGUUAAGCUUUGCCCACUGUUGAAUAGCCACGCCAGCAAAAACUUCAGUGCUGAUUUUUGCCAGCCAGGCAAUUAUUAAAGGUAUAGGGGACAUGACAGGGGGGGAAACUGGCAACCUGAACUUUAAUCCAAAUGAAAGACCAAACUACAUGUGACUGUAUCCCAAGUAUGAUUUGGAUCAGGGCCAUGUAUUUGGGAAGGGGGGUUAACGCUUCACCUUCAUACCUAUUCCCAGAAUGAAGAUUGCCUGUUCCUUGUUUUGCCACCCCAGUAUAUGUUCCAGCUCCAGACAUUAUUACUGCAGGAAUCACUUUUGUUGCAACACUGCCUCUCACCACAGCAUGCCAAGGGUGGAUGUUACCUAUAAACCUAUAAACACCCGUGCACAAGUACCUGAUUGGGCCAGAGUUUCCCAGUGGGUGCAAGAUGUGUGUUUCCACACAUAUUUCUACCUUUGAGGCUUUUUCUUGCAGGACUUUAUUCCUCAUCAUCCUAACAGGCAGUUUUGUUGGGCGUCACAUUGUAUUGCUUUGGGAGACUUCAUAGCAUCCUCUUCUACCUGUGGGGUUCCAGGGCAUCCUGGCCACAGUAACUGAAGCAACACCGGUUUACACCAACUGAAAAUCUGGUCCCUAAGGGCUCCACUUAAGACCUAAGCUUCUGUCAAGAAAACCAACCUUUGAAGAUGUUUCUGGCCUGAAUAGAUAGAUUAUUUUUGUGUCUUCCUCACUCGGAAAGUAAUAAAUAUUUUAGUGGGCAAGUCUUCAAUUUCAGCAAAAUGAAAAUCUGUGUGCAGUAAACUCUUCAAUAUUUCUCUCUCUCUCUUUCUCCUUCCUUUACAGCUUGAUCACUCAUGGCUUUGGGACGCCUGCGAUAUGUGCUGCCCUCAGCACUUUCCAAACUGUUCUCAGUGAAAUGCUGAACUACUUGGAAAAACACACGGCACACAAAAAUGGCGGAGCAGCAGAAUCCGGCCAAGGACACGCCAACUCGGAGAAAGCCCCCCUGCGGAAAACUUCAGAGGCUGCUGUGAAAGAGGGCAAAACAGAAAAGACAGACUAG